CCUUCCUUAUUUGUGGCGUGCGGACUACAUGAGUUUUCACGGUACAAAAAUCUUUCAGAUGCGUGGGACACAAAAACUGCCGCCAUGUCCAUCUCAUUCGCGCUGGCAAACUAACCAUUAAUCACCUCUGUGGCGGAUUUUGAUUUUCCGCAGGAACAGAAAUGGAGAAGCUAAACACAAAGUGGAUAGCAACGGUAGCUAGCAUAUGGAUCCAGUGCACCGCUGGUUCAUCAUACACCUUCGCCAUCUACUCCCCCACCCUCAAGUCCUCCCAAUCUUAUGACCAAUCAACGCUUGACACCGUCUCUGUCUUCAAAGACAUUGGCGCCAACGCCGGUAUCUUCUCCGGCAUCCUCUACUCCGCCGUCUCUCAUAGUCGUCAUCGCCACCGUCUUCUCCAGGGGCCAUGGGUGGUGCACGCCGCGGGGGCGAUUCAAUGUUUCGUUGGCUACUUUCUAAUGUGGGCCUCCGUCGUCGGAUUGAUCCACCGCCCUCCGGUGCCGUUGAUGUGCUUCUUUCUCUUCCUGGCCGCCCACGCGCAGACUUUCUUUAACACGGCCAACGUCGUCAGCGGUGUCCAGAACUUUACUGAUUAUGGUGGAACCAUCGUUGGCAUCAUGAAGGGAUUUCUUGGUCUAAGUGGGGCAAUACUGAUCCAGCUGUAUGACACAGUAUGCAAGGGAAAUCCUACUGCUUACAUACUUGUCCUUGCAGUGACACCUACACUUGUCUCCCUCUUGCUCAUGCAUUUCGUAAGAAUAUAUGGGAGAAGCUCGAUUCAUGAGAAAAAGCACCUGGAUGGUUUCUCAGCUGUUGCAUUGAGCGUUGCUGCUUAUCUCUUGGUUAUUAUACUUCUGCAGAAUAUCUUGGGCUUGCCACAGUGGGUACAGACUGUUGUUUUCAUAUUUCUUCUUCUUUUACUUGCUGCACCUCUUACCCUGGCGAUCAAAGCCGAUAGUGAUGAUACAGAGAGAUAUUCGAGGACUAUUUCUCCUGUAAGAACUCCUUUGAUGGACAACCCUGAGCCAACAGUAUCCAGCAAAUUUUCUGCAGGAGAAGAUAAAGGAGAGUAUCACAAGGUUCCUGGGGAUGCAAAGGAUGCUGCUGCAUGGGAUGGAGACAUGAAUCUCUUACAAGCAAUAUGUACUGUCAAUUUUUGGUUAUUGUUCAUUGCCAUGAUAUGUGGAAUGGGCUCCGGGCUUGCAACAAUAAAUAACAUCAGUCAAGUAGGUGAAUCUCUUCACUACACAACCACUGAGAUAAAUUCUUUGGUCUCUUUGUGGAGUAUAUGGAAUUUCCUUGGUCGUUUUGGAGCUGGGUAUUUGUCAGAUAUAUUUCUACACAGAAGAGGUUGGGGAAGGCCAUUGUUCAUGGUUAUCACUCUAGCAAUGAUGACCAUCGGCCAUGUAGUUAUUGCUUCUGGUUUCCCUGGCAAUCUGUAUGCGGGUUCUAUUAUAGUCGGUGUUUGCUAUGGAAGUCAGUGGUCAUUGAUGCCCAGCAUCACUUCAGAAAUAUUUGGGGUGGGGCACUUGGGCACCAUCUUCAACACCAUUUCCGUAGCUAGUCCGAUUGGUUCUUAUAUUUUCUCCGUAUGGGUGAUAGGGUUCAUUUACGACAAGGUUUCAUCUGAUGACAAUAACUCUUGCUACGGCACUCAUUGCUUUGCGUUGUCUUUCCUGAUCAUGGCAUCCGUUGCUUUCUUCGGUUUUCUCAUUGCUCUUGCAUUGUUCUUCCGAACAAGGCAGUUCUACGGACAGGUUGUACUUCGGAGGUUGCGCCAUUUUUAGAAUUUACCGGAAUGAUGAAGAAAUGUUUUCUUUUUUUGGUACAGCCAGAAGGAGAGAAGACAGAAUUCUUCGGUUCUUUUGGUGAGGAUCUUCGGAUCUACUCAGGAAUUUAUAAUUGCAUAAGCUUGUUGUAUAGCUUUUUUUAUGUAGGUAUUGUGUGCUUGUGUUCUUGUUAUUAAAUUGUAUGUGCUGAUAAUUUUAUUCAUGCUGUUGCCAUUUAUUCGUAUAUAAACUAAAAUAGUGUUGAAAAUAUUAUACAAGAUAGGCCAAAAUAAAGUAUAAAUUGUAUA